GUGAACUGCCAACGCGUUAUGAGCGGAAAGACAAGCCAAGGCUGAACGCUGCCCAGGUAGGAAACCUUGAUGCCAAUAAACGGAGAAAAAAAGGGCAAAUAAAUAAAAACAACAACAGACGCAAGUCGAUAUAUUCUUUUCCACCCACGUUUUAAUUUUCAUCCUAAAAAGAUGCGCUUGGCAUGGCAUGCUUUCCAGAGCCUCAUCUAUUCUUCAGCUUCACUUGAUGGAAGAGGGAUGGAGAACCGAGCUCGUUCUGUGUGAUUCACCCUCCUGCUGCAGAAGCGAUGAGUAACUUGCUCCCAAACACUUCUCUCUUGAAUUGGGAUGCAUUAGAGGGAAGAAACACGUCGUCUGCACCGUCCUGGGAGCUGGAGCUGUUGCCCGUGAUCGUUAACCCGUGGGACGUGCUGCUGUGCGUGACGGGAACGCUCAUGUCCUGCGAGAACGCAGUGGUGAUCGCUCUCAUCGCCUACACGCCCACAUUGAGAGCACCUAUGUUCGUCCUCAUUGGGAGUCUAGCGUUCGCCGACCUCCUGGCUGGCCUGGGCCUGAUCCUCAAUUUCAUCGUAACUUACAUAAUCGAUUCGGGAUUUGUCACGCUGCUGUCGACGGGGCUCGUCAUCACAGCCUUCUCGGCGUCUGUGCUCAACAUUUUUGCGAUAACUGUAGACCGUUACCUGUCGCUGUACAACGCGUUGACGUACCACACCGAGGGCGCGGUGAUGUUCACUUACAUCACACUCAUCCUGAUGUGGGUCAUCAGCACCACGCUCGGUUCGCUCCCCAUCCUGGGCUGGAACUGCUUGGAGGACGAGAGCACCUGUAGCAUCUGUCGACCGGUGAACAAAAACAACGCCGCAGCUCUCGCCGUGUCCUUCCUCCUGGUCUUCGCUCUCAUUCUGCAGCUGUACCUCCAGAUCUGUAAAAUCGCUCUCCGGCACGCUCAGCAAAUCGCCGUUCAGCGGCAGUUUAUGACUACCUCGCACUCAUCUUCCACCACGAAAGGGGUCUCCACCCUCACCACCAUCCUGGGCACUUUCGCCUUCUGUUGGGUCCCCCUCGCCAUGUACUCGCUGGUGGCCGACACUCGAACCCCUGUGAUCUACACCUACGCCACGGCUCUUCCAGCCAUCUGCCACUCCAUCAUUAACCCCAUGAUAUAUGCGUUCAGGAACCCUGAAAUUCUCCGAUCUUUGAGGAUUGCUUGUUGCUGGUGCAUGCCUUACAGUUUCAUCAUGCGACCCAGGACCCCCAGCGAUGUGUAGCAUCUUCAGUUUAAAGCACAAUGUUGGCAGUGGCCUGUCUGUAAAGCACAUAUAAUCCACAUAUUGUAAUCCAGUGGAGUGAGGGAUUUUUUUUAUUUUUAUUUUUUUUGGCAGAUAUAAUAGCCUAGCACUUCAUAUCAUUGUGUCCAUGUUACACAGACAGUUAGACACAUUACUAUAAUUAACAGGUAAUCAGAAUAAUACUUUAACUUCCUUAUGGUAAAAGACAUAGUUGGUGAUGAGUAAAAAAAAAAAGAGAGAGAGAUUUUGGUGCUUUUGCAUUCACUCAACUUUGUUUGCUCGCAAAACUUUUCUAUCAGGAAUAAUAUAAGGUCGGAGGAAAAGCUAUAUUUGAAUAUAUUUGAAAUUUUGCAUUCACUCAAAACUUUUGUGUUGCUUUCCCUCGUGAAAUGAUUAUGUUAGAAACAAUAUGAUUUGGAAGGAAAAACUGCAUUUCGGUGCUCUUGAGAGUGAAUGAGAAGUUUCUCACGGAAAUGAAAUAGUUUCACGAGAGAAUGCAAAUGUGAGAAUGCAAGAUUUCUCGGGUGGAAAGCGAUGGUUUACACAAAAUUGUACACAAAAGGAUCAAAUAUAAUAUUUCCUCCAAUCUCAUAUUUUUCCCUUUAGGGGUUCCUUACUGACUGGCAACAAAUAACCUGCAAGUUGCUUCAUUGUACAAUU